CGUACCUGUACCCUGGAAAGCUGUCGCCGAUAAGAUUGCCAGCGACGGGAAAAUAAUUGCGUAUAAUAGGUAGACAGGCCAUCCCGUCUUUCUCACCUGCUUCGUGUCGUUCCCCCCUAUUCUUCGUGUGCUGAUAACCUCCCCCUUCCACCCUCGUGUCGACAGGAUCAGGAUUGCCAUUGCUUGGGACAGAGCCCUCUCUUGUUGCUCGCUGACCUAUACUUUGCUAUCACGGAUACCCCUCUCUCACCAUCGUCUCGCAAGCCCAAUCCUCGAUUCCGCCCCGACUCCUUUGACUCUACCGAACCCAAACAGCACAGCCGUUCCCGACCACCCUUCGACAUGGCCUCCAAGGUCGCGCUGGAGAAGCAGGACAGAGCGCGUGAUGCUGCCUUCAACCAGGCCAUGCAUGGCGAUACUGCCCAGGUCAAGGGCGGCUUCCGUGCCAUGGUCGGCAAGGGUGCCGAUGCCCAGAAGGCUGCCGUCGACGAGUACUUCAAGCACUGGGACAACAAGGGCGCCGAGGAUGAGACCGAAGCCGACCGCGCCAAGCGAACCGCUGAAUACGCUACCUUGACGAGGCAUUACUACAACCUGGCUACCGACCUGUACGAGUACGGAUGGGGCCAGUCCUUCCACUUCUGCCGCUACUCGAUCGGCGAGACAUUCUACCAAGCCAUCUCCCGGCACGAACACUACCUGGCGCACCAGAUUGGCAUCAAGGAGGGUAUGCGGGUGCUGGAUGUCGGCUGCGGUGUCGGCGGACCCGCCCGCGAGAUCGCCAAGUUCACCGGUUGCCACGUUACCGGUCUGAACAACAACGACUACCAGAUCCAGCGCGCCACGCACUACGCCGCAAAGGAGGGCCUGUCAAGCCAAUUGACCUUCGUCAAAGGCGACUUCAUGCAAAUGGACUUCCCCGACAACUCGUUCGAUGCCGUCUACGCCAUCGAGGCCACGGUGCACGCGCCGAAGCUCGCCGGCGUCUACAGCGAGAUCUUCCGCGUCCUGAAGCCGGGCGGCGUCUUCGGCGUGUACGAGUGGCUCAUGACGGACGACUACGACAACGACAACCUCGAGCACCGCAAGAUCCGGCUCGGCAUCGAGCAGGGCGACGGCAUCUCCAACAUGGUGAAGAUCUCGGAGGGCCUCGAGGCGAUGAACGUCGCCGGGUUCAAGAUGCUGCAUCACGAGGACCUCGCCGAUCGCCCCGAUCCGAUCCCGUGGUACUGGCCGCUGUGCGGCCAGUGGAAGUACAUGCAGUCGGUAUUCGACACGUUUACCAUCGUGCGGAUGACGUGGUGGGGUAGGCUGCUAGCACACAACUUUGCAGGGGCCCUGGAGAUAGCGGGCCUAGCGCCUAAGGGCACGAAGAAGACGGCGGACAGCCUGGCCCUCGCGGCCGACUGUCUGGUUGCCGGGGCGGAGAAGCACCUGUUCACGCCGAUGUACCUGAUGGUAGGGCAGAAGCCGGCGCAAUGACGCAGCGACGGUGCUGGCGCGGAUAGAGGAUAGCGAGAAGGGCGACGAGAGUGCUUAGCGAAGACGGCACCGUAAUGAGUAUAUAGAAAUUCGACAUUAAUGCCUGCUUAAUAUACCUACCUAAUUGACACCUAGCUUUGGCA